AUGAACUAUUUGGCGUCAUCAGUUUUCAAUUCCAGCAAAACAAAGCUGAACGUCUCUAAUGACAGUCCAAAUAGCAGAUACUAUUUAUGUUGCAUCGAAUUCAAUUUUUAUGAUAAUGUUGUAUGUGAAAUCUUUAGUGAAAUGUGUAAGUUAACUGAUAUAUUUAGCUGUCAUUUCCCAAAAAACGCUGGAAAUUUUGUUAUCUGA